CCCUUCCUACUCAACGCUUUUACCAUGGAGCGGAUCACGCUGCCGGCGCGGAAGAAAAAGCCGAUGGUUAAGUUCGCGCUGUCGUCGGCGCCGGACUCGAAGAGCUGCACAGUUGCUGCCAUCCUUUACAAUGACGACGACGACGGCAACUAUGGAAUGGCAAGCAAGAUCAUCGUCUGCCGUGUAGGUAUAGGAGGGGGCUCCUGGCGGACCAUCACCAGGACGUUCGAGCUCCACGACAUCAUCUUCUUCGAGGGGAAACUCCAUGCGGUGGACGCAAACGCCCGCGUCCACGUCUUCCAAGAUGGCGACCUCCAACGCAAUAAGCCGUGCUGGCCACCCAAGUAUGACAAUGAACCGCAGCGCUUGUACUUUGACGACGCCAAGCUGCACCUGGUUGUCCUCCAAGGGAGGCUGCGCGUGAUCGGCAGGGCCUUCGGGAGAAACCGCGUGCCCGGCUGCACACACUUCACCUCCAAUGUCGGGGUGUUCGCUCUCGGCGGCAAGACGCUGGAGCCGGUCAAGGACUUUGGCGGGCACGCGGUCUUCGUCGGCGACGCAUGCUGUGACGCUUUCCCCGUCGACGCAUCCUCCUCCUCAGGUAGCGGCAAGAUCAGAGAGAACCAGAUUUGCUUCGUCGACGACGAGAAGAACGUGUCGUCGCUGGCAGCCUACGGCUGCCGGCCGCUUUUCCGGCAGCUGCAAUCCUACGACGUGCAAAAGGACUGCAUCCGUACAUACGAGCCACCAAAACCAUCAUAUGGGACAUGGCGGUGCGUGACGGCACAACGCUUCCCGCACAAGAGCGCCAUGGAACUGCCGCCGCGCGAGGCGGAUUCGUGGGAGGAGCGGCAGCUGCAGGACGUGGCCAGCUGCCUGGGAGCAAUCAGACGGCCCUCCUACGCAACCCACAAGAGCCGCAAACCAGGCAGGUCAGGCGUGACCGUGCGGAUCUCCAUCCCUAAAAGUAAAACAAAAUCAGUAUUCAAAUACAACCACUGGAGUUUCACGCAGCGCCGGCCAUCGGCCAGGGAGGCGAGACAGGCGGCGGCGCACGAGGCCGUCACGUUCCUCCGGAGCCGGUUCCGCAGCGUCUUGGACGACAGCCCGUGGAGCUCCAUCCCUUACUAUCAUAGCUACGUUGAUGAGGAGGAGGAAGAAGAAGAGGCCCACUCAGACUCAGUCUCCGACUCAGAGUCAGACUCAGACUUAUUUGACUACAAACAUUGGUACGGCUGGUAAUUAUCCAGCUGCAUUUUUGGAUGGGCUAAACGCUCAUACAGAACCGGUAUCAGACUAUC